GCAGCAGUACACGUUGCUUGCUGUGCAUACCUCCAAACACUGAGACAAAUGCUAGUUAUUGGAUUAACAGGCGGAAUCGCGACCGGCAAAUCAACGGUAUCGAAGCAGUUGCAAAGCUUCGGCCUGCCCGUCGUCGAUGCCGACGUCAUCGCACGGGAGGUCGUAGAGCCCGGCACGCCCGCACUCGCAAAGAUCGUGAAGCACUUUGGUGAGGGCGUGCUCCUCCCUGAUGGCCACCUUGACCGUCAGAAGCUCGGCGCCAUCGUCUUCAACGAUGAGGCUCAGCGCCUUGCGCUGAACAAGAUAGUGCACCCUGCUGUAUGGAAGGCUAUCGCACUGGGGGUAGCGAGCCACUGGCUCAAGGGCAAGAAGAUAUGCAUCUUGGACGUGCCGCUGUUGAUUGAGGGCGGGAUGUGGAAGUGGGUUGCGAAAGUGGUUGUAGUAUAUUGCUCCCCGGAGCUGCAGCUACAGCGACUAAUGAAGCGCGACGGCUCUACGCUUGAGGCCGCGUCUGCUCGUCUGAAUGCACAACUAUCUAUUACAGAGAAAGUGCAAUGUGCAGACCACGUCGUGGACAACUCUGGCUCAAUGCAAGACCUCGAUGAGCAAGUAGACAUUCUUGUCCGGAAGCUUCACUCGGAAGCCGGUUGGUCUUGGAAGCUGAGCUGGUUCCCUCCCAUUGGCGUCCUCUCUGCUGUAUGGAUGCUCUUCUGGAAACACGUGCGGUUAGCGAGGCGGGCUGCGAGGAAGAAGCGGUAGCCGAGGGUAGCUGGAUUUUGAGCAAUUGUUACGGUGCUGGUGCGCUUUUAUACCUGGCACGGCAUGGACACUGUCUCCUACUAUACCUAUGAAGACG